UCGAGCGAAUCGGCGGCUAACUUGUUUCUAGUCCCAGCAACAGCUCGAUAAUUGUACAGAGCCUGCCCAAGAUGUUACUGUUUUCGCUUUUCCUGGCCUUGCUGCAGCUGUUCCCACAAGGCGAGACCCAAAGUCGACAUCAGGCGAUCACACACUUUGGCAGAUGCGUUACGGAGGACUUUGGAGAGGGUCGUUGCAUCUAUCGGACGGAGUGUGACUUCUAUGGCGUUGAUAGCCUAGAUGGGGCGAGCAAGCGGCAGUGCUUUUCACAGCAACGGCCAGACUUGGUUUGCUGUCCGCGCGAGACAAAUGCGCUGCCUGCGUUCUCCGCUCGCUCCCUGAAUGGCACCGCCGCCGCCCCUCAACUACCAGUGGCAGCGGAAAAGCUGAGAGCGCCAACGAGCGUGGCUGAUGAACUGCCCAGUUAUCCGUACUGUGGCACAUCCUUCGCCAGCAGGGUUUUCGGUGGAGUCAGCACAAGCAUUCUUGAGUUUCCCUGGACCACUCUGCUCGAGUACACGCUUCCCGAUGGCGAUAAGGAACACGUGUGCGGGGCCGCCUUCAUUGCCCAGCGAUGGCUUCUGACCGCCGGACAUUGUGCCCACGAACAUUGGCUGGGCAAGGGUCGAUUCCUGACUGGUGCGCGGCUCGGCGAGUGGAACAAGACGUCCAACCCGGACUGCAUUAAGCUAUGGAAUGGCAAGGAAGAGUGUGUCCCGGAACACAUUGAGGCCAAGGUCGAUCGCAUUCUGGUGCAUCCGCAGUUUGGAACCGUCAAUCUAACAAAUGACAUUGCGCUGCUGCGCUUGGAGAACCCCGUGGACUACAAAGACUUAAAGCACGUGGAGCCAGUGUGCCUGCCAUUGGCGUCCAAUGUACGCGACAACCGGCUGGAGGGCAGUGCUGUCGAGGUCUCCGGUUGGGGGCGCACCGAGUUAAAUAACCAGCUGAGCGACACGAAGCGCAAAGCCACGCUGCUUGUGAAGCCGCUCCAGGAGUGCAAGCCACUGUACCAAAGGCUGGGUUAUAGGCUGGACGACAGCCAGCUGUGUGCCUCGGGCGGUGUGGGCGUGGACUCGUGCAGUGGCGACUCGGGUGGUCCGCUUACCGCCGGCUCUCUCACUGCCAAGAGGGAGAGCUAUGUCUUUUUAGCUGGCAUUGUGUCCCUCGGCAAAGAGCGUUGCGGCGAAACGGACUUUCCGGGCAUCUACACCCGCGUCGGAUACUACCUUGACUGGAUACAAAAGACAAUCCGAGAGAAUAGUGCUUAAAGAGUAGGUGUUUGGCAGGAGGUGAUGAGUUGCCCAACGCCGGACCUUCCCACCUCAAAAACUGACCCAUUUAACCCAUUUGACGUAAUUAUCGAGACUUUAUCGUGACAAUCGUCGAACUUGUUUGCGCCUUAUCGAACAUAUUAGAAACAGAAAACAGUCAUAUUGAUGAGCUUGAUUGGAGUAGUGCGGACAAGCCAAUUUUUUUUAAUUAUAUUUCAUUUGGGGCCGCCCUUGGUACUUCCCAAACGACAUUGGUUCAGUUGCAUGUGACAGAAAUAUAAGAGAGUACUUUACUUAAGAUCAUUAUGAUGUUGCAGACGUCUCCAGAAUAAUGAAUUCGUCCUCUCUUCUACAAAAGACAUAUUCUACGUAUUUUACACAGAAGCUUAGAUCAAUUUUAUUGAACGAUUCGUCCGAAAAAUAUUUCCAGUCACUCUCAAUACUAACUAUCUUAGGUAUUCCCUGACUAGGCCGGCUUUAGAGCAACCUCUCCGGGCGUUUCUGCUUACACAUGCCUUCAAUAGGCGCUAUGGAAAGUUUUGUGCGCCUGUUCUUAUCUUGAACAAUUUAUGAACUAAGCCCACAAACGACAGGGCAGCUUAGCCCCAGUGCGAGUCCCAGUCCCACACUCACCUGCAAUCUCCAAGUCUUCCGAUGUCAUAGCUUAUCGUAACCGGCACGCCCGCUAUCGACUCAGCGGGCCACAACAGAAAAGUCUCAAUUGUUUUUUUUUUAAUGUAAAUUUUAUUUUAUUAUUGUUCGUAGAGUAAGCACUUAAAAUAAAUAAAUUUAAAUAUAAAAUAAU